AUAUUAAAAGUGAAUAACUAAUUUAAAAAAAAAUCAACUAAAGUAUUUACCCAACAAAAUGGACAUUAAAACCACACCGCCACCAAAUCAAACGUCAACAUCAACGACGGCAACAUCAAACCCGGUAUCCGGUGUAACAUCCCCGCCGUCCACACCACCCUCACCCAUGGCCGCCUCAUCAGCGGUGGCCGCUUCAAUCACCACCGGUCUAACCGAUGUCCAGAAACAAACAUUUCAACAUAUAUUCGAAAAACUGGUGGCCAAUAGCGGCGGUUCCGCCAAAGUGCCACCCAAACAAUACGAAUAUUUUCGCAAUCUCUUGGAAAAUGUACGCGAUCCAAAAAACAUUCAAAUGAUUGUGGAGAAAUUUAAAAAUCUCGAACACAUGGAUGGACAUUUCGCACAGAAUGGGAAUAAAAAUGCCGUCAUAAGUGAAGAUGAUGAAUUAUCGCACAAGGAUAAUGUUCGCAAAUAUGGAAAUACAAAUCAAACUCUGACACCACGUCAUACCAUCGAUGCUAUAUUGGGCUUAAAGAAUCGCCAGCAUAUCAGUGAAAAUGAUUCCGAUGAUGCCACCGAUCUUCGGUGUGCCAACAAAACAUUGGCACAAUUGCGUAACAUGGAUAAUCACAUGGCGACAUUGAUGCAGCAGCAUCAACGCAACAGCAAUGUCAAUUUUCCCCUGCCUUCACCUACCGGUGCUGGUGGUGCAACACAUGCAAGUUCACUGGCAAUGCACUUAGGACCGCCGCCUCCACAUCAUCAUCAUCAUACGCAACAACAUGCAGCAGCACACUCUCAUCUCAGCUAUCACAAUAGCUUAAUGAAUUUUCAGCAACAACACCAACAUGGGCAGCACCAUCAUCACCACGCACAGCACCACCAGCAGCAGCAACAACAUUUCCCACCCAAUCAUCACAAUGCCCACCUUCAUUAUGGAGGCAGUAGUUCGCCAGCCGAUAAUAGAGAUGAUUUUAAUGGCUUGGCUGGCAGCAGUCGUCUCAGCAGCCCCUCGGCCAUGGCCUCGGGUAAUGAUUAUUUGAAUUCAAUGCAUCAAAUGGUCGAAGCUAAUAAUUUAUUGAACCCGACCAACAACAAUGAUCUGAAUUCGCAUGCCAUGACGCCUCAGACGACACCACCAACCCCGCCAUCACUGCAGACAACGGCCAGUGUCUAUCACAGUCAUCAACAGCAUUUGGCGGCGCUGGCGGCACACGCCCAGGCACAACAUGAUCACAAAUUUGCCAAGUCAUCUGUCGCCUCAUCAGCGGCCUCGUCCUCGGUUACGGCGGUGAAUUCAGCAACAGCGGCUGCCGCAGUAAUGGUUGCCUCCACAAUGGCUAAUCAAAUGUCGGCAGCGGCCUCCUCAUUCUAUAGCUCCAAUGGAGGUGGAGGAGCAGGUGGUGGCGUCUCCAAUCUGCACGACUACGAUGAACGUUCCAUGUCUUCGCUGUCGAAUGGCGGAGAAAUUGAUGCCGAUAUUACCGAUGAUGAGGAGCCACACGAUCACAAUGAGAGCCACAACAUUGAUGUUACCUCCUCCUCACCGCAGUCACCGCAAAUGGCAUCGCUGCAUAGUUAUGGAAAUGGUUCGGGUCUGAAAAGAAAAUCGAAUUCUUCGGCGGUUGCCAAUUACUGUGAUGAUAUGAAUUCUCUUAACAAUAAUAAUAACAACAACAAUAACGCAAAUGAUGCCGAGAAUUUUUCCAAAUCUCUUAUGAACGGUAAUGAUGGUGGCUACUCCAUGAAGGCCCAAUUUGAUGGUUCGGUGCGACCUCGUUCACUGGAGGACAUGCAAAAUCAAAAUUUCCCAAUUAAUGGUAAUUUUGAACAGCACAGCAAUUCGACGGCGGGUCAUUUGUCGGGCCACUCACAGCAAAAACAUUUGGAUGAAUAUGGCCGCAUGUCUGGUCCGGGGGGAAAUGGUCCCAAUGGAGGUGUCAAUGGCUCAAGUGGUGAUCAAGCGGAUCGCCUAAAUGACAAUGAUAGUCUAAUGAAUGGCAGCUGUGCCUCCAGCGAAGAUCUCAAUCAGACCAAUUCCAGUGAACAGGGUGAGAAAAUCACCUCGGGAAGUGAUGAUGAAGGUCAAGAUGAUAAUUGUUCAAAGAAAAAACAUCGACGUAAUCGCACCACCUUCACCACCUAUCAGCUGCAUGAACUGGAAAGAGCUUUCGAGAAAUCCCAUUAUCCUGAUGUAUAUUCCCGCGAAGAAUUGGCAAUGAAAGUCAAUUUGCCUGAAGUUCGUGUACAGGUUUGGUUUCAAAAUCGUCGGGCAAAAUGGCGGCGUCAAGAGAAAUCGGAAAGUCUACGCCUAGGUCUAACACACUUUACACAACUGCCACAUCGUUUGGGCUGUGGACCCUCUGGCUUACCUGUGGAUCCAUGGCUGUCACCACCUUUACUAUCAGCACUACCAGGAUUCCUUUCACAUCCUCAAAAUGUCUAUCCCAGCUAUCUCACACCGCCGCUGAGCUUGGCACCCUCUAACUUGGCCAUGAGCAGUUUAGCUGCCAUGGGUCAUCAUGGUCCCAGUAUGCAUGGUCCACCGCCACCACCACCGUCGGGUCAUCAAGGACACGGUUUACCUUCAAUGGGCUCGGCGGGCAAUGGUCAUGGCGGUCAUCCACACAUGUCAUUGGCACACUUAUCGCCCCAUUUGUCACGUAUGUCGCCACAGACAUUGGCCUCAAUGCAGCCACAGAUAACCGUGGCCAAUUCCAUGUCCUCAACAUCCACCUCAUCAUCAAAUGCCUCGGCCACAAAUUCCCCACUCACAGCAUUGCCGCCACCACCAGCCUCAUCAGGAUCACUGUCAUCGCUAAGUGCAAAUACCGCCAACCAAUCCGCAUUGUCACCACAAAAUCUCAGUAGAAAUGGCGGUGAUAAUGACACGACCACGAAAUGUUCUUCAUCUGUCGUAAACAUUGAAGUUGUCGAUGUGGGUCGUGAGAGCCCCAUACCUGCCAUUACGAACAGCAAUGGCUCCGGCUCGGCAAGUAAUGCCAACUCCAAUUCAAAUUCGUCCACAACCUCGGCGACGGCAACAAUUUCACCCUCAACCUCUGGCACCAGUCAAACGCAACCGUCACCUACAACAGAUAUUCGUUCGAAUUCCAUUGCCACACUGCGAAUCAAGGCCAAGGAACAUCUGGAGAACAUCAACAAAAGCCUGACCAUGGUCUAGGACACCACAUUCCACCGUCAAAGUGAUUACAAUUUACAUUCCUAGGUUGCAGCUAUUUCAAUCAAAUGUUCAUAGAUUAAAAGAAAAAGUAUUUAAAUGCUAUUAAAAUAAAAUACCGUUUAGUUAAUUAGUGAUUAGUUGUAGUUUAUUAGAUAUAAAUCGUUUGAGUGGAUGUUGCGAUAGAUUUUGUGUAAGAACUGUGUCUCACUUAUGGACAAGAACAAGAAAAACCUAAUCAAACAUACAUAUCUAGAAAUAAAGUCUUAUUUAAUUUUUAAUAUUUUUUUAAAGGAAAUCCCAGUUAAAUUAAAAAAAAAUGUAAUAAGUUAUAGCCAAUAUCACUAUCUCAAUAACCACCAACCAACAAUAUAAAAAUCAAGGCAAUUAAACUCCCUACAUCACCAGCAAUUUUACUCACAUUCCACAAUUUUCGUUUGGAUCCCAUGGCUCCUUUUUAACAUUUCUCACUAUUUUAAUGUGUAGCUAUUAUACGAUAUUCUAUAUAAUAAUUAUUUGUAGUUUUUAAUGUAUAAAUAAAUAAA